GAUUGGGUACCUGGACAAUGUUCUGUUGAGUCUAUUUGUAAUUAUUUUUGUAAAAAUCUUUCUAGAAUGUUCUAUGAGAGUGAUGGGUCUAUACUAGUAUUUGUUGUAGAUUUAGUCAGAC